AAAGGAACUGUGAGCGCAGGCACACGGCGCCGGUAACCUCAGUGCGCAUCAGGCACCGAGAACGAAGGAAGAAGGGAGGGAAGGAAGGAAGGAGGCAGCCGGCCGGCCCCAGAGACUUCGUGUGCCGGCCAUCGGAGACGGCAGCAGCAGGACAGAGCGCCUCCCUCGCCGGGCACUUCGCAGCGACUGCCGCAUCCGCUCCUGCCAGCACGGACCUCGUGUGGCCAGUCCGCCGCCCAGCCGAUCUCACGGAGCUGAGCAGAGAGAAGUUGAAAGAUGGAGGACGUCGUGAUUGCAGGCAUAGCAGGGAAACUGCCAGAAUCAGAAAAUUUGCAGGAAUUUUGGGAAAACUUGAUCAAUGGAGUGGACAUGGUGACAGAAGAUGACCGAAGGUGGAAACCAGGAGUUUAUGGACUGCCUAAGAGAAAUGGGAAACUCAAGGACAUCAGCAAAUUUGAUGCCUCUUUCUUUGGAGUUCAUCCAAAGCAAGCUCACACAAUGGAUCCUCAACUUCGUCUGCUGUUGGAAGUCUCUUAUGAAGCCAUUUUGGAUGGUGGUCUUAAUCCAGCUUCCCUUCGGGGCACCAACACAGGCGUGUGGAUUGGUGCGAGUGGGUCAGAGGCUGGUGAAGCCUUCAGCACAGACCCCGAACAGUUGCUGGGGUACAGCAUGACUGGCUGUCAACGCGCGAUGCUCGCCAACCGGCUCUCCUACUUCUUUGAUUUCAAAGGACCAAGCAUGUCCAUCGACACAGCGUGUUCCUCGGCUCUCGUUGCUCUGGACAAUGCUUACAAAGCGAUCAGUAGCGGACAGUGUGAAUCAGCCCUUGUAGGCGGAGUCAAUCUUAUCUUGAAACCCAACACUUCUGUGCAGUUCAUGAAGCUUGGCAUGCUGAGUCCUGAAGGGGCCUGCAAGUCCUUUGACGCUUCAGGGAAUGGAUAUUGUCGCUCAGAAGCUGUUGUAGCUGUUUUCCUGACCAAGAAGUCCUUAGCCAAACGGAUUUAUGCUACCAUAGUCAAUUCUGGGUGUAACACUGAUGGAUUUAAGGAGCAAGGUGUCACCUUCCCCUCGGGACUGAUGCAGCAGCAGCUGGUCAGUUCCCUGUACGAAGAGUCUGGGAUUAAGCCUGAAGAAGUGGAGUACGUAGAAGCUCAUGGCACAGGCACCAAGGUUGGGGAUCCUCAGGAAGUGAAUGGCAUUGCCAAUGUCUUUUGCCAAUCGGAUCGACCACCCCUGUUGAUCGGAUCCACGAAAUCUAACAUGGGCCAUCCAGAACCUGCCUCUGGCCUUGCAGCUUUAGCAAAGGUACUUCUCUCUUUAGAACAUGGUCUCUGGGCACCAAACCUUCACUACAGUACUCCUAAUCCAGAUAUUCCUGCCUUACAAGAUGGGCGCAUUGAAGUGGUCACUAAGCCAACCCCCACAAAAGGCCACCUUGUUGGUAUCAAUUCCUUUGGCUUUGGAGGCUCAAAUGCCCAUGUCAUCCUGAGGCCCAACAAGAAGAAACCGGCCCCUCGGGAGACUCCUAGUUUGCCACGACUGGUACAAUGUUGCGGAAGGACUCAAGAAGCAGUAGAGACAUUACUAGAGCAGAGCAGGUAUCUGCAGGAACACUCUGCGUUUGUGAGCAUGCUCAAUGACAUCUCUGGGAUCCCUGGGUCAGCCAUGCCUUAUCGGGGCUAUACGCUGAUCGGCAGUGAGAGUGACGUGAAAGAGGUUCAGAAUAUUCAGUCCUCCGGGAGGCCUCUGUGGUACAUCUGCUCAGGCAUGGGGACCCAGUGGAAAGGCAUGGGUACUAGCCUGAUGAGGUUAGAGCUCUUCCAUCAGUCCAUCCUGCGUUCAGAUGAGGCUCUGAAGGACACAGGUCUGAAGGCAUCCGAACUGCUCUUGAAUGCAGAUGAAAAUACAUUUAAUGAUACUGUUAAUUCAUUUGUUGGACUUGCCGCAAUUCAGAUCGCACAGAUCGAUAUCCUAAAGGCGCUGGGUUUGCAGCCAGAUGGGAUUGUCGGUCACUCAGUUGGAGAGCUGACCUGCGGCUAUGCAGACGACUCCCUGACCCACGAAGAGGCCAUUCGCGCUGCCUAUUGGAGAGGGCGGUGUGUCAAGGAUGCCAAGCUGCCCCAGGGACUGAUGGCUGCUGUUGGUCUGACGUGGGAGGAAUGUAAGCGCAGGUGCCCUACAGGCGUGGUGCCUGCUUGUCACAACUCAGAAGAUACGGUCACUAUUUCUGGGCCUCAGGCUGCUGUGUCCAAAUUUGUAUCCACUCUGAAAGCAGAAGGUGUCUUUGCUAAAGAGGUGCUCAGCGGAGGAGUUGCUUUCCACUCCUACUUCAUGGAAUCAAUUGCACCCGUGCUGCUAAGUGCCCUGCAGAAGGUUAUUCCAAACCCAAAGCCUCGGACAUCUCGCUGGAUCAGCACUUCCAUCCCGGAGUCCCAGUGGCAGAGUGAGCUGGCUCGGAACAACUCUGCUGAGUACCACGUGAACAACCUGGUGAGCCCAGUCCUGUUCCAGGAGGGCCUGAGGCACAUCCCGGAAAACGCCGUGGUUGUGGAGAUUGCCCCGCAUGCCCUUCUACAGGCAAUCCUGAAGAGAUCUUUGAAGCCAACCUGCACCCUUUUACCCUUGAUGAAGAGAGAACACAAAAACAACCUGGAAUUCUUCCUGACCCAUCUUGGAAAAAUCCACCUAACAGGAAUAAAUAUCCUGGCAAACAAUCUGUUUCCACCUGUUGAAUAUCCUGCCCCCAUGGGAACGCCACUCAUUUCUCCUUAUAUUCUGUGGGACCAUAGUCAAACAUGGGAUAUCCCAAAAGCCGAAGAUUUCCCGACAGGCUCUGGGAGUUCUGGAGCAGCAACAGUCUACAACAUUGAUGUGAAUCCCGAAUCACCUGAUUAUUAUUUAAUGGGCCACUGCAUUGAUGGCAGGGUUUUGUACCCAGCCACUGGCUACCUGGUACUGGCCUGGCGCACUCUGGCACGCUCUCUGGGAACCUCCAUGGAAGAAAUGCCUGUCAUGUUUGAAGAUGUUACAAUCCACCAGGCAACAAUACUUCCUAAGAAAGGCUCAGUCCAGCUAGAGGUCAGACUCAUGCCUGCUUCCCAGCUUUUUGAAGUGUCUGGGAAUGGAAAUCUGGCCGUAAGCGGAAAAAUUUGCCUUUUGGAAGACACAGCUCUGAAUAACUUCCGAAACCAGCAAAUCGACAUGGGGACGCAACCAAACACUUGCUCAGAAAUCCGCUUAUCGAAGGGAGACAUUUACAAAGAGCUUCGCCUGCGUGGUUAUGACUAUGGACCAUCAUUCCAGGGACUCUUGGAAUCCAGCAGCAAUGGGAAUACUGGGAAGGUGUUGUGGAACGGGAAUUGGGUGGCAUUCCUUGACACCCUCCUGCAUUUGAUCAUCUUGGGGGAAACGGGGAGAAGUCUACGCUUGCCAACCAGAAUCCGUUCCGUGUGCAUUGAUCCAAAGCUGCACCUACAGCGUGUGCUCAAAUACAGUGAUGAGAGUGAAGCUUUUGAUGCUGCCGUGGACCGUUGCCUUGAUACCAUCACCGCAGGAGCCGUUCAGAUCUCCGGCCUUCACGCAAGUGCAGCUCCUCGGCGACAACAGGAACAGACCCCUCCCACACUUGAGAAAUUUUCCUUCGUGCCCUACAUGGAGAGCGGCUGCUUGUCCUCCAAUGCUCAGCUUCGCUCCAGCUUUGAACACUGCAAAGUGUUGAUCCAGAACUUACAGAAGAAGAUAGCAAAGCAUGGAGUCAAGUUGGCUAUUCCAGGACUAGAGAUGGCAAAGCCCCUCACAAAGAUAGAUCCUGGCCAGAAGGGCCUCCUGUAUAUACUUGCCGAAAUCUGCCGCUUGGAACUAAAUGGAAACCUCCACUCAGAGCUAGAACAGGUCGUGACACGGGAGAAGCUGCAUCUCCAAGAGGAUCCCCUUCUCAAUGGCUUGCUGGACUUUGCUGAGCUGAAGACUUGUGUGGACGUAGCACUGGAGAACAUCACCAGUCGUAGGAUGAAGAUAGUCGAGGCUCUGGCAGGAGACGGACGCUUAUUUUCACGGGUUACAAGCAUCUUAAACACUCAGCCCAUGCUGCAGUUGGACUACACUGCCACCGACCGGAUACCAGAAAUACUGGCAUCAGAUCAAAACCAUUUGCAGGAAAUUGGGGUUUCCAUUGACCAGUGGGACCCAGCCAGCCCUGCUUCUGGAAAUCUGAUGAAUGCUGAUCUUCUGGUGUGCAACAGCUCACUGAACAUGUUCAGGAAUCCAGCAGAGGUACUCUCCAACAUGGCAGCCACAGUGAAGGAAGGGGGUUUUAUCUUACUGCACACUCUUCUGAAGGGAGAAACUCUGGGAGAAAUUGUUGGUUUCCUCACAUCUCCAGACCUACAGGAAAAACAACCAGGUCUCCUGACUCAGGCAGAAUGGGAGGGCCUAUUCAGCAAGGCCGCUCUCCGCCUGGUGGCUGUGAAAAGAUCCUCCUUUGGUGCAGCCAUCUUCUUAUGCCGUCGGCCACUUCCUCCCAAGAAGCCCGUUUUUCUGCCUGUGGAUGAAGCUCAUUACAGAUGGGUGGAGCCUCUGAAGGAAAUGCUAGCAGAAUCUUCUGAAGAAACUGUAUGGCUCACUGCUACCAGCUGUGAUACCUCUGGAGUGCUUGGUAUGGUGAACUGUCUACGGCAAGAAUCUGGGGGACACCGGAUCAGGUGUGUUUUUGUUUCCAACCUGGAUGCAUCUUCUCCCAGACCCUCCACCAGUCCUUCUUCCAAGGAGAUGGAGGAAAUUCUACAGAAGGAUCUGGUGAUGAAUGUUUAUCGGGAUGGAAAGUGGGGGUCCUUUAGACAUCUCCUGUUAAAACAAGCUCAACCUCAAGAAUUGACUGAAUAUGCAUUUGUGAAUGUAUUAACACGUGGAGAUCUUUCCUCUCUGCGCUGGAUUGCUUCCCCACUACGCCAUUUCUACACAACCAAUCCGAAUGUCCAGCUUUGCAAAGUCUAUUAUGCAUCUCUCAAUUUCCGUGACAUUAUGCUGGCUACAGGAAAACUCUCCCCAGAUGCCAUCCCAGGAAACUGGACACUGCAGCAAUGCAUGUUGGGAAUGGAAUUCUCAGGAUGUGACCCAGCAGGAAAAAGAGUGAUGGGGUUGCUACCAGCCAAAGGACUAGCUACAGUGGUGGACUGUGAGGAGAAGUUCCUGUGGGAAGUGCCACAAAACUGGACGCUGGAAGAAGCCGCUUCUGUGCCUGUGGUAUAUGCCACUGCUUACUAUUCCUUGGUGGUUCGAGGAGGCAUGAGGAAGGGCGAGUCUGUGCUCAUUCAUUCAGGCUCAGGCGGUGUGGGCCAAGCAGCCAUUGCCAUUGCCCUCAGCAUGGGCUGUCGUGUCUUCACGACCGUAGGCUCUAAAGAGAAGCGUGAAUAUCUCCAAAAAAGAUUCCCCCAGCUUGAUGCAAACAGCUUUGCCAGUUCAAGAAAUACUUCCUUUGAGCAACAUGUGCUGAAGAUGACCAAUGGGAGAGGUGUUGACCUGGUAUUAAACUCCUUGUCAGAAGAGAAGCUCCAGGCCAGCCUCCGUUGCCUUGCUCGACAUGGGCGCUUCCUGGAAAUAGGCAAAUACGACCUGUCCAACAACAGUCCCCUUGGAAUGGCUCUUUUCCUGAAGAAUGUGGCUUUUCAUGGAAUCCUGCUAGAUGCCAUUUUUGAAGAGGGCAACCAAGAGUGGGAGAUUGUGUCAGACCUGCUAAAGAAGGGCAUAAGAGAUGGUGUGGUAAAACCUCUGCGGACUACGGUGUUCAACAGAGAAGAGGUAGAAGCAGCCUUCAGAUAUAUGGCACAAGGAAAACACAUUGGAAAAGUUGUGAUCAAGGUCCAUGAAGAAGAGGAGAAAUGUCCCACAAAGGAAACUAAGCUAACCCAGCUCCCCGCCAUCUCCCGAACGUCUUGCCCACCACAUAAGUCCUAUAUUAUCACUGGAGGCCUUGGGGGAUUUGGGCUGGAACUGGCUCAGUGGCUGAUAGAAAGAGGUGCCAAGAAGCUUGUACUGACAUCUCGUUCUGGUAUCCGAACAGGUUACCAGGCUAAACGAGUUCAAGAAUGGAAACAGCUUGGGAUCCAAGUUCUGGUAUCGACCAGUGAUGUUGGGACUCUUGAUGGGGCGCAGUGCUUGAUACAAGAAGCUUCUCAGCUUGGGCCUGUUGGGGGCAUCUUCAACUUGGCCAUGGUCUUGAAAGAUGCUAUGCUGGAAAAUCAGACCCCAGAACUUUUCCAUGAAGUCAACAAACCCAAGUACUUAGGCACACUUAAUCUGGACCAAGUAACCCGUCAAAAUUGCCCAGAACUGGACCAUUUUGUUGUUUUCUCUUCAGUAAGCUGUGGAAGAGGAAAUGCUGGGCAGAGUAACUAUGGUUUUGCCAACUCCACCAUGGAGCGCAUCUGUGAACAGCGACAGCAUGAUGGGCUUCCAGGCCUAGCUGUCCAAUGGGGUGCUAUUGGUGAUGUGGGUGUCGUCUUAGAGACAAUGGGCAGCAAUGAUACUGUGAUUGGGGGAACUCUACCCCAGAGGAUCAACUCAUGCCUGGAGGUUUUGGACCACUUCCUCAACCAGCCUCACCCAGUCAUGUCCAGUUUUGUCCUAGCUGAAAAGGUCUUGACGAAAAGUGACGGGGGUAACCAGCGAGACCUUGUGGAAGCGGUCGCUCAUAUUCUUGGUGUUCGUGAUGUAAACAGCUUGAAUGCCGACACCUCCCUAGCUGAUCUGGGCUUGGAUUCCUUGAUGGGGGUAGAAGUACGCCAAACCCUGGAGAGGGACUACGAUAUUGUCAUGUCCAUGAGAGAUGUUAGAUUGCUUACCAUUAACAAACUACGGGAGUUUUCUUCCAAAGCUGGCAUCACAGACACCUUAUCCCAGGAGACGAAAGGUGGUCAAGCUGAGCCACCCAAACUGAACUUGAAUAACCUGCUGGUCAAUCUGGAUGGACCAACCGUGGUGCCGCUCAAUGAGGUGAAGAGUGCUGAGCCUCCUCUCUUCCUCAUCCACCCCAUUGAAGGAUCCAUCACAGUUUUCAACACCUUGGCCUCUAAGCUGCGCAUACCAAGCUAUGGACUUCAGUGCACCAAAGCUGCUCCCUUGGACAGUAUACAGAGCCUAGCAUCUUAUUACAUUGACUGCAUAAAACAGGUGCAGCCCGAAGGCCCCUACCGGAUUUCUGGAUAUUCCUUUGGUGCUUGUGUAGCCUUCGAAAUAUGCUGUCAACUCCAAGCUCAACAGAAUCCCUCCCAUUUACCCAACAGCCUCUUCCUGUUUGAUGGUUCUCAUUCCUAUGUCGCAGCACACACACAGAGCUACAGAGCCAAGCUGACUCCAGGGAAUGAGGCUGAAGCAGAGACUGAAGCUUUGUGUGCCUUUGUACAGCAGUUCACUGGCGUGGAAUACAGUAAGUUGCUGGAGAUUCUUCUGCCUCUCCCGGAUUUGAAGGCUCGUGUAAGUGCGGCUGUGGACCUCAUAAUGCAGAAUUACAAAGACCUAAGCCAUGAGGCGCUCAGCUUUGCUGCGGCUUCUUUUUACCACAAACUGAAGGCAGCCGACAAGUAUGUGCCAGAGUGCAAGUAUCAUGGCAGUGUGAUGCUCCUAAAAGCAAAGACCCACAAUGAGUACGGAGAAGGUCUUGGAGGAGACUACAAACUUUCAGAGGUCUGCGAUGGGAAAGUUUUUGUCCAUGAUGUUGAAGGGGACCAUGUAACCAUCCUGGAGGGAGACGGUGUCGAGUCGAUUAUUGGGAUCAUUCACAGCUCACUAGCAGAACCUCGGGACAGUGUUUGAGAGGACUAGAUACUUCAGAAACUCUGCUAUAAUUGCUAGAGAAAAUCCAGAGCAACCCCAAGGAACUCUUCCUGUCCUCCGUCAUACCAUCUGCUCUGCAGCCAAAACUAGGAAGCCCUAUUGACCAGCAUGUGUGUGUGUCUCCCCCUUUUUCUCUCUCCAGUGCAAUGACAGCUUUGUUGCACUGUCACAUGGACUACGCUGAUGGCAGCAAUGUACACCGUUUGGCAGUAUGGAAAAAAUUAGGAGCAGGCUCAUGUGUGUGUUGUGCUAUGUAUUGUAUUGUAUUGUAUUGUUGUGUAGAAGUUUAACCAAGCCCAGUGAUCCUAGAGGGAAACUGCAGCUGAUUUCGGAGACCCAUUUGUCUGUGAAGAGUCAAUCUGCAGCAGUAUCACUAACUUAAUUCCAUUGAGGCUUUUUUUGGUAACUAUUUUUGAUUUGAAAUAUUCUAGGUAUUUAUUGCAUCUUUACUUUUACAAGGGGCUCUGCGUUUUACUUUGUUACUGACUAAAUGAAAAGGGCAAAAUACUCAAAAAACUGUGGCUUUCCCCCUGCUGGUUGGUUGCCUCUUUUUAUUUCAAGCAAUAUUCCUCUUUAGAACUAUAUCUAUAGAACAGAAGGUGGAUUCCCAGCAUAAGCAGCCCCUUUCUCUGCAGGAAGAUCGGAUUGGCUUCUGCGAUACUGCAGCAGAAGGGAGGGCUUGGUACUUUUGAGCAUAUGCACUUCUUUCCAGGCAUGGGGGUCAAAAUGCUAGCUGAUUUCCUGCAUUCCUCUAAAAAAUGCAUUGAUCAGGCAUGCACAGACAUUUCUGUGCUUGAUACAUUCAUUUUUCAAAUGCUUUCAGUCCAGCAUCCUCAUCCCUUCACUUGCAAUUUGAAAGAUUAAGUGUGAUUCAGACUUCACAUAGCUUCCUGUGGACAAGAUCCUGAUUUAAUCUUCCCAACAGCUCACCCAUCUCACACCUUCAUCCUUUCAAAACAACAAAGCACUGUAGCAAUGGCUCCCUAAAACUCCUAAAAACAAACAGAAUGAGUCUGUUUUUGGCUUCUUCUCGAUUGGCUGUGCUUCUAGGGGAAUCAGUGUGUCUGUGCUGCACCAAUGAUACAGAGGAGGACCACUGAGCGACCAGCAUCAAGCAGGAGUGCUGUGCCUCUCCAAAUUGCUUUGAAGUCCUUUUCCCAUGCUGGAAUAGUUUACCAGCACCGGAGGGCAUUGCAACUGCACACAAUUUCCAUGUUUGCUGGUGGCGAAUUGGCUGUGCCAUUCUCUGUGGACCUGCAGCAAGGUGACUGGUUUUAGUGCUUAAUUUUAAGGGGGAAACCCUUUGAAAUCUGAAAUGUUAAAAUGACAUUUUCAGAUCAGUUAUCUUUCUUUCUUUCUUUCUUUCAUUUUUACAUUCCUAUGAAGAAAAAGGCCUGGGGUGACCUUCCUUCUGUGGCUCUCCUGGAAUUAAAUGCAACUUAAAUACUGCCA